AAAGCAUUCUUCCUGCAAACAAAGGAGACAGAAGGAAUUAAUUUUUAAAACAUCCCCACACACACACACCCCGUUUUGCGGGAGACAUGCGUUCAAUCAGGAAGAGGUGGACCAUCUGCACGAUAAGUAUUCUCCUGAUUUUUUACAAGACAAAAGAGAUCACAAGAACUGAGGAGCACCAGGAGACGCAACCCAUCGGAGACGGUGAGAUAAGUUUAAGUAGAUCAAUGGUCAAUAGUUCUGAUAAAAUAAACCAAAAGACUGGCUCUUCAGUGUUCCAGCAUUCUGUGGAAAGAUGGAAAAUCAAUUCAUCCUUGGUCCUGGAAAUAAGGAAGAACAUUCUUCGCUUCUUGGAUGCAGAAAGAGACAUCUCGGUGGUCAAAAGCAGCUUCAAGCCAGGAGAUGUCAUCCACUAUGUGCUAGACAGACGCCGCACACUAAACAUUUCUCAGGAUUUACACCGCCUCCUUCCUGAAGUGUCACCAAUGAAGAACCGUCGGUUUAAGACAUGUGCUGUUGUAGGAAAUUCUGGCAUCCUUUUGGACAGUGGGUGUGGAAAAGAGAUUGACAACCACGAGUUUGUUAUAAGGUGCAAUCUAGCUCCUGUGGUGGAGUUUGCUGCCGAUGUGGGAACUAAAUCAGAUUUUAUUACCAUGAACCCAUCAGUUGUACAAAGAGCAUUUGGAGGCUUUCGGAAUGAGAGUGACAGAGAAAAAUUUGUGCAUAGACUAUCCAUGCUGAAUGACAGUGUCCUUUGGAUCCCUGCUUUCAUGGUCAAAGGAGGAGAGAAGCAUGUGGAGUGGGUUAAUGCAUUAAUCCUUAAGAAUAAAUUGAAAGUGCGAACUGCCUAUCCAUCACUGAGACUUAUUCAUGCUGUCAGAGGUUACUGGCUGACCAACAAGGUUUUCAUCAAGCGACCCAGCACAGGACUUCUCAUGUACACGCUUGCCACGAGAUUCUGCGAUGAAAUUCACCUAUAUGGAUUCUGGCCCUUCCCAAAGGAUAUGAAUGGAAAACCAGUCAAGUAUCAUUAUUACGAUGACCUAAAGUAUCGAUACUUUUCCAAUGCCAGUCCCCAUAGGAUGCCAUUAGAGUUUAAAACUUUAAAUGUGUUACAUAACAGAGGCGCACUUAAAUUGACCACGGGGAAAUGUGUACAGCAAUAAAGCACAAGUCAAGUACAAAAAGGAAAGGAAAGAAAAUGGGCUUCGUUAUUCAGAUUUGGAGGAGCAUCUGUGGGAUCAAAGCAGUGGAUAUAAUCCCAGUGCACUGUAACAAGCCAUUGGAGAACAAGGAAGCGCAUCAGAAGGACUCCAUAACCAGCUAAUAUUUUACCUUUUGAAGUGCUAAAUCUUGAGUGCAAUGGUCCGAGCAAGUGCCAUUUUCACUAAGAACAAAGCUUGAAUGUAUAAAAGCGGUAGUGUUUACAAGAUCCAGUGAUGCAUUCAUCACCUAUUAAGGAACCAGUUUAUUGAGUAUUCAUCUGCCACCACCUUGUCAGGUGACAUAGAAAGAAAUACCAAAAGGUGAGAUCUAGGCAUAAACAAAAUGCAAACAUACGGCGGCCAAAAUGAUAAA